UGUUAUUCUCCCUGCUCUUCAGACUAACUCUCGGAGAGGCUGAAACCUUGCACCAAAUUCCAUGGAGAAGAUGGGCUUUACGGGCUCGUCUCCCGGUCUCCAAGCGGCGCAGCGACCUCUCGGCCCAUAGGUGGAGCAAUUGUGGAGGCCUCGCUCGCCGCCGGAACUAAGUUUUCAGCGGAGCAGAGGCUGGGAUGGGUCCGAUCCGCACCUUCCCGGCCCGCGCCCCUAUGCUGCGCGCCCUGCUCCUCCUGCACCCCUGGAGGCCCCUGGGGGUCCGCGGCUGCACCUCCCACGGGACCUCUGGGGGCCGCGAGAUCCAAGUGCGUGCCCUGGCCGGUCCCGACCAAGGAAUCACGGAGAUUCUGAUGAACAGACCUCGAGCCCGCAAUGCCCUGGGGAACGUCUUUGUGAGUGAGCUGCAGGAAGCUCUGGCCAGGCUGCGUGAGGACCAGCAAGUGCGUGUCCUGCUCUUCAGAAGUAGCGUGAAGGGGGUGUUCUGUGCAGGUGCGGACCUGAAGGAGCGGGAGCAGAUGAGUGCGGCAGAGGUGGGGGCCUUCGUCCAGCGACUCCGAGGCCUGAUGAGUGAGAUCGCCUUCCCUGCGCCCACCAUUGCGGCUAUGGAUGGGUUUGCCUUGGGCGGAGGCUUGGAGCUUGCCCUGGCCUGUGACCUCCGAGUGGCAGCUUCCACAGCUGUCAUGGGGCUGAUCGAGACCACUCGAGGGCUGCUCCCAGGGGCAGGAGGGACUCAGAGGCUGCCACGCUGCCUAGGGGUGGCCCUGGCAAAAGAGCUUAUCUUCACUGGCCGGCGACUGACUGGGGUAGAGGCCCAUGCACUGGGGCUGGUGAACCACGCAGUGGACCAGAAUGAGGAGGGCAAUGCUGCCUACCACCAAGCGCGAGCCCUGGCCCAGGAGAUCCUGCCUCAGGCCCCCAUUGCUGUGCGGCUGGGCAAAGUGGCCAUCGACCGAGGAAUGGAGGUGGACAUUGCAUCCGGGAUGGCCAUUGAAGGGAUGUGCUAUGCCCAGAACAUCCCAACCCAGGACCGGCUGGAGGGCAUGGCAGCCUUCAGGGAGAAGCGGCCCCCAAAGUUUAUUGGCAAGUGAGCUCGUGCAUGGGAGAUGCACCCGGAAGGAGCUCACACCACUCCACCUAAGCUGCCUUCCUUUCUUCUCACCCUACGUAGAUAAUCACUGGUGUUGGUUUGCUUUGGAGAAUGCUUGGCUCUCCCUACUCAUGUGACAAAGCACAGAUUAAAACGGACCCUUCUGUCGCUGUAUUGGUGACUCUCGGGGCCUGGUCUCUGCCUCUUCACCAAGGUGCUUCUACCAGAGACAGCAAAAGGUUGUACAAAACCCCAUGUUUCUUCCUUUGGACAAGAGAGACUCAAUCCUAGUACUGGUUGAGCCUGUGUCAGGACUCAAACUGCAGAGUCCAGUUACCUGCUGCAUAACUUUGGAAAAACUUUUAGGCUUCACCUUUGUUAUCUGUGAAAUGAAUGUGAAGAUUUUUUUAAACCCUUAUGUUCAAUAAACCAAGUUACAGAUGCUUA